UUUACCUUUGUCCUUGACUUCAUGCCAACCCCGAUUGGCUCUGUGCAGUUUUUGAAACGAUAACAAAACCAGACUAGCGACAAAGUGUACAUUUUGAGCACGGAUGUGUAUAUAUAUAUAGAGUGACAGUUCGAAAAUAGAUUUCGUCACCAGACGCCCAUCUUGACUCAGCCUGGGGUCGCACACCCCGCUUUCAACCAAUGAAAUUACGUCUUACAAAUCUGGCUUACCUUGACCCUGCUCGGGACGAUCAGACGAUAGGUUGUAGCUGACUCGAAUGGCAGCUGAUUGUCGUCUGGUACCUCGGUGAUGGCAUUUCGGACAUCGCCUCAGUAAAAUGUUUGAAUGAGAUACUAUCUAGGAAGACAGCUGUGAUGCUGUAUCAGCAUCUUCCGUCUUUCAGACAAACAGGCUGCUACUGAGAGAAGUAAGCAAACCAACAAUGAGUCUAGGGUUUGUUGGGCGUGUGUACUCCAGCAUAAAGGGCUUUUAUAAUGAGAUAAAUUCUGCCACUCUGACUGGUGCCAUUGAUGUCAUAAUUGUGAAGCAGGCAGAUGGAACAUACUUAUCUUCUCCCUUCCACGUACGGUUUGGAAAACUUGGAGUUCUUCGCUCCAGAGAAAAAGUGGUGGACAUAGAAAUCAAUGGACAAUCAGUUGACCUGCAUAUGAAGUUGGGAGAUGCAGGGGAGGCUUUCUUUGUGUGUGAAGUGGAAGACGAAGAAGAGAAUGAAGGUUUGGAAUACCUUGCUACUUCUCCUAUCAUAUCAGCCAAAGAUUUAAUGAAGCAAGGUCUUGCAAAGUUGAAAGAAGAGGCUGAAUGUGCAGAGCAGUCAGCGACAGCUAUCCAUCAUGAGACACAGCCUGACAGUGACUUUGAUAAACCUAUACUUGUGUCCACACCUACUCCAUCUUCCUCACUUAAGGAAAUCAAGCUGGACCUCAGCUACAAAGAAAAGUCUAAAGAAAAACCAAGAAGAAAAGUACUAAAAAAGAAAAAACAAAAGACUAGCAGCAAAGCUUCCCCCCGAUCACAGUCUUUGCCAGAAGGCCUGGGCUUGGAGUCCGAUCUCAUAUUUGAGAUGGAGUUUACAGACACAUCAGAUGAUGAAGAAGUCAUAGCCUACAAUUCUGGAGCCAACCGAAGUCUCUCCUUUAAUGAAGCUGUGCUGAAAAAGGCAGACGAUAUACGUGAAGAACCUGGGGAAGAAGAUGGAAUUUUCAGAACUGAACGACAGAAAAACUCACUAGAAGCUUUCCUGACGCCAUUUAGUGACCCAGAAAUAACGCCACCACAAAGCCCUUUGCCUACCAGACCUCCAAGUCCAAAGAGUGAUACAGAGGUGGACCGUCAGCAUGCAGAGCAAAGUCAGCAUAAGCUUCUGUCUGAGACCAGCCCUACUUGGAGCUGGGGAGAAUUUCCCAAACAGACACCUGUCAACUCUCCAGAUAAGGAUGUCAGCAGGGAGCACCUUAUAGAGAGCAUGCUAGAGAGGGAAAACUCAGAAAACGUCAGUUCUGGAGGCCUGCUAUCCAUAUUGAGCAAGCAAAAGGCACAGAAGAAAGCACAGAGCCCACUAGCUGAUGAAGGGAAAGGCAUGUAUCUUGAUGACCUUGCUUCUUUAGAUGACCCUGAACUUGCAAAACUCUACCUUGGCAAUCCACGGUUUGUUUCCAUCAGAGAUCGAGAGGAUGACAGUGAAUCUGGACGAGGGGCAUCACUGCCCCAGUCUCCCCAUUCUGUCGAGGGAGCUAUUGGUGGGCCCGUCAGUUUCUUAGAGUCAGAAGUUCGUCAUUUGGGGGUAGUCUCACUUUCACUGUGUGGAGGCCUCAGUGAUGCUGAAGGCAUCACUCUAGACAAAUUCAUGCAGAAAGUGGUCACUUACGAUGAUCUUGCUGAACAACCAUCACUGCUUAACAACCCAGAUCUUGUCGUCAAGAUCAGAGAUCAGUAUUACAACUGGACCACUGCAUCUCCUAUGGUGGUUGCAGAAAUGGCAUUUAGCAAACCUCUGCCUGAGCCAACAAUUACUAGUCUGGUGAAAGAGCACAUGCCCAAAAAACUUGCAAAAAAAAAAGGCUCUGGUUUGUCAUGGUUUUCCUGGCGACGUUCCACCGUUGCAACCGCAGGUGGUGGUGCUGAUGAUCUGAACAUGCACACAACAUCUGCGCAGCGUGCCUCCAUUGUGGUGCCCAUGAUGGCUGGUGCUGGGGGUAUGAGUGAUAAUGAGGGAAACUCCAGUAAACUGAGUGAGUCCAGCAUGAGUCCAGUUGGCAGCCCAGCCACAAGUCCACCAACAAGUGUCCACAGCACACCCAGGAAAUCCAGCAGGCAAAAAGAAGCAGAUUUACAAAGCACUGAGACAGAUACAGACAAUUCUGAAAAGGAGACUUCCAGUAUGCAGCAUAUCUAUGUAAAAGAAGAACCAACACAUCAAGAGCAGAUGAAGUCAUUAACAUUAACAAUGGAAGAAACCCAGGAGGUCAACAUGGAAGAGCCAAGAGGGAAAUAUAGAAAAACCCUGAGACUGUCAACAGAACACAUUGGCAAGUUAAAUUUACGUGAAGGACAGAAUGAGAUAGUAUAUUCUGUUACUACCCAAUACCAGGGCACCACUCGCUGUGUUUCUCAUGUAUACCUCUGGAACCAUGAUGACAGAAUUGUCAUCUCAGACAUUGAUGGCACAAUAACGAAAUCUGAUGUUUUGGGUCAAAUUUUGCCCAUCAUUGGACGAGACUGGUCUCAGUCAGGGGUUGCACAACUCUUUACCCGCCUAAGCAACAAUGGCUACAAACUAAUCUACCUCUCUGCGCGCGCAAUUGGCCAGUCCCGCCUUACUAAAGAUCUUCUUCGAAGCAUCAAACAAGGGGACAGAGUCCUGCCUGACGGACCUCUUUUGCUGAAUCCAAUAUCUCUCAUCAGCGCAUUCCACAGGGAGGUGAUUGUCAAAAAUCCUGAAGAGUUCAAGAUAAGCUGUCUGAGGGAUAUAGCUGGCCUUUUCCCUGCAUCACCAUUUUAUGCAGGCUUUGGCAAUAAAAUCAAUGAUGUCAUUGCCUACAGAGCUCUGGACAUUCCCAGCUUUCGGAUCUUCACCAUCAAUCCACAGGGGCAGCUUAGACAUGAUCUAACACAUACUUUUCUAUCCUCGUACAGUAGAAUGAGUGACAUUGCUGACCACUUCUUCCCACCAAUAAGCUUGGCCAACAGAGGCAUGUCAAAUGAGUACAGCAAUGUCACAUAUUGGCGCCAGCCUGUGUCCUCGGUGGACCAGCUUGAUAUUGAGCUGCUGAAAAAAGAAGAUGCAACACAAGCAGCUGGGAAGAAAUCCACUGUUGCUGGUACAACAGCCAUAUCAGCUGCUGUGACAGCACCACCAGCAACAGCUUUGUCUGUUGUCACCACUGCUCCACCAUCAGAGGAUCCAAAGAAAACAAACAGAUGACUCGUACAACAGGAACCUCACCUUCACAGCCACAAAUCAACAGCAGCAGCCACCGUGUACUCACUGUUCUUUGAAAGACAUAGACCAUUUGAUGGCAAGGGUAACCAUGGCAUUGGAGUGAACAACACUAACACCAAUAACAGUGCUUGUCAUGGCUUAACUGAUAGUCUGGAGGAGAUUUCGCAGCCGGUCUGCAGAAUGAGGUCUGCCUCCAUGGACAUACCAUUGUCAUCCACCAGCAGCAGUUCAUUAGGCUCACCCUCCUUUUCUAGCACACCAAGCACUUUAUCUCUCCCCAAUUUUGGAUUUUGGUUCUUUGAGAUAGACUGAGCUGCGCUGCAUGCUAAAUAAUAUGUUGUGUUGUGGAAGCUGUCAACCUGUUACAAGGUUAAUGCCAGCCAGAUGAAGUGGAAGGUUGGGGGCUUUGAUGCAAUAAUGACUGAUCCAGGAACAGUGUGUCAACUACUUAAGAGAAGCCUUAGGGACAAAGAAAGGAAGAGCAGUGGAGAGAGGUGAAAUGAGUGAUUGAGUGAAUGAAUGAGAGAAGAAAAGAGGGAUGUGACUGAGUGUGUGGAGGGGAUGGGAGGGACAAAGUUGCAGAACAUAAAACAUCCCUUUCCACACUGUUUAUUUCAGUCUGUGAUAAGUGUGAUUAAUAGAAAGGUUUGUACAAAAUAUUUGAGUAAAAAAAAGUAGCUAAUGCUGAGAAACAAUCAUACCUACAGCAUUUUACAAACCAGACUUGAAUUUGAACAGGGCAUUUCAGGCCUUUAAAAUAUAUUAAAAUCUGUAGGCAUUUAAAUAUUCCCUGUUGAGUGUGUUUAGAACAGAUUGUGAUGUAUUUCCUGUCUAUUAGUCUGUUAUGCUGUUAAUGGUGUCUGUAUGGUUACAUUUGUAGAUAUCCGUACAAAUCUGUGUGGGUUGUUUCACAGAGGGUUCUCAAGUACUUAAAAAUCAUUUUGUUAUUUGUGGCCAUUCAUGUAGGUAGUUUUGCUAAGCUGUAUGGCUCAUUGGCUGUUCAAUUCUUUAUAUAGCUUUUUAGUUUUCUUGAACAUGAAUUAUAACAUGACUGUGAGUUUUUUUUUUGAUAAAAUCUGGCAGUCAUGGUGAGUUAGUGUAAGUGUUGAACUUUGUGUGACACCAUAAGUAGAAUUUUGUGAUUAUUGCUAGAAAAAUGUCGGCAACGGCUGGUGAGAAAUACCUGCGGAGCUGUCAAAAACAACUUGUUAAAGCAUUGCUGUUUUAUUUACUGGGCUAUGCUUGUGACUUCUGUUGGAGUUUACAAGCAUAGAUGCAUACUGUACAAGCCUACACUUUGAACAUCUGAGGAGUGUAUAUGCUUGUCUGCAGUAAAAUAACCCAUCACAUUCCAGAUGAAAUUGAAAUGCGCUGUUGCUGCCUUUUUUUAAUCAGCAUGUAAGUUAGUGCUUCUGGGAAAAUUUUCAUGAGGCAGCAAUGACUGGAUGCGCAGUGGGUGUUUCUCCUUGCCAUAUUCAUGCCUUGCUAAUGUGACCGGUUAUUGUCCACUUAGUUUUCCCAUAUAUUCUGUCCAAAACUAUUUCCUAAAUCAAUUGAAUUUAUUGAAAUCAGCAUUUUUAAACAUUCUCUAGUGACAGUUGUGUCUAGUCAACAACAGAUGUUUUCUGUAUCCUCCAGACCUGAUAAUAUGGCAAUCUGGUGGACUCGUUUUGUUGUUCUGUCCUUGCCAGUCAUCUAAACCAACUAUUUUCUGUAUUGUGAGUUUAGACAGGAUUCAGGAAAAUGUAGUUUUAGUAUUGUAUAAUGUGAUGUUUUAAAAUUUGUGCACAGCUGAUAACUGUUGCUACAUGUAAACACAACCAUUACAAAGACUUUGUAGUGUUGAGAAUUUAUAGGUUGGUCUGGAAUCAGAAAGACCCACAAGGUGUAAGUCCAGUACCCUAUAAAUAUGUACAUUUCCAUGUGGAUGUAGGGACCCUGAUCCGUGUUUUUUUUAAAAAAAAACAGCUGGAGAAAGUGGCAUGGAGGAGGAUGGCUAACAUUACUUUUAUUCCUUAAAUGUUUCCGAUUCAUUGACUUAUGUUUUUAAAUGGUGUUACAAAAAUCCCAAGCUUUUAAAUUCUACAUAAGUUGGAGAUGGGUAUCAGCAUUAUUUGCACAAUCAAAUAUUUUGAACCCAGUACCCAUGCUUUUCUCUCUUCAUACAAUUUUAAUAAGCAGCUAUUUUGAGUUGGAGGUAAAAUUAUGCAAGUGGGCAUUUGCAGGAUUAUCAUUGUGCAAGAUUUAGAGUUUGCAGGAUUAUCGUUGUACAAGAUCUAGAGUUUGCAUUUGAAAGAAUGAGCAUGUGAAGUUUUUUCUUUUGAUGCACCUUACUACAGUGAUGAAUUGAUAUAUGUGGUUCAUAUUUGAUUAAUAUUGGUCAAACUUUUACAAAAUGGGAGUUUAAAUGGCAGUAAAGAAACAUGGCAUUGCAGUUUACUGAUCUUCUAGUAUCAGCAAUGUGAUUGGUUUACUUGGACCAGUGGGGAUAUCUACAUUUGCCAGCUGCCUCUAUCUGUAUAGGGCAGUAGAACCUUGGUAACUUUAAUGUUUGCUACUUACCCCUACUUCAUUCUGCACACACAUUCCAAUUUUUGUCCCAGCAUUUAUAGGUUGUUAAAAAGUUAUGAUGUCAAAUGCACACAGGGCUUCCCUUGCCAAUCUGCAUCUUGGAAAUGGUUAUUUCACUACUUGUUCAUCCUACAUGGUUUUUUGUAUACCAGCAUAAACUUUAAAAGUGAAGAGCAUACUUCAAACCAGUGACUAUUUUUUUAUUAUAUUUUAUUUUUUUUGGAGGGGGGAUGCAAGAAAUGUGUUUUCAUGUGCGUGUAUGUUCAUGUUUACAACAAUUACAUUGUCAGUGAGAGGGGUUUUAAUGGUCCAACAAUUUUAUUUCCUUGACUAUCUUACAACCUUUGCACACAACUGUAAGCUGCUUGCUUGAAUUACUGAACCCAAAAAUAUUUUGUUAAGCAUACACUUUAUGGUCAGCUCUUUGUUCCAUUUAGUUUUUCAUUUCUGCAAGAACACUGCCAGACUAUUUCUUAAUAUCUUCUGAUAGGGAAAGAAGCCAGCAUUAAAAAGAAGUUAAUAUCUUCAGAACUUUUUUAAAAAGAAAUUAUUUAAAACAAUAUCUUGAAGGUUCUCAAAUAUAUAAAUGAUCUUUUAAGUGCAGAAUAGAUUAUCUAGCAUGGUUAUUUAUUUAACAUUUGAUUCUGUGCUUUUAGUUGCACAUCUCAGUGACAGCUAAAACUUUUUAAUAGGAUCACAAUCAAAACUAAGAACUAUACUCCAUAGUCCUUCAAUAAAGUUGUGUCUGAAUCACAAACUUUACAGAUAAUUUUUUUGACAUUUUGAAUGAUUGGUUCACUUAAUUUAUGCAAUGUGAAAAUUCAUUUUGAUAAUAAUUAUGGCUGGUAUUCUUAAUGGUUUUAAAUAAUUCUGAAAAGAGUUUGAGAAAAACAAAUUUUGUUAAAUAAAGGUCUAAACUACCUGAGUAAAACCGGUGAAUUUUUGUUUUGAUGCCAAAGCAAUAUGUAGUUUGGUAGACAUUUUUAAACAUUUGCUUCUGGUAUGCUGCAAUGCCUUAAUUAACCUGUGUGUGUACAUGAUAAUGAUAUUUGUACUCAGUCAUCAUUUCUUUGGGGUCAGAUUUAUAUGCAUGUGUAUUUAUAUUGAAAUCCUAGUUUUUCCAGUGACGUGGCAACUGCAAUCAACUAUGUUAAGAGUUUUAUUUCUUUGCUGCUCAGGUAUAGGAUUUUACUGUGCAAAUUUAUUUGCUGCUUCCUAAGGGUGAUUCCUGUGUUGCUUUCAAGCCACACAACUUUAUACAAGAUACAUAAAUUUGGUAAAUAGUGAUUUGGCUAAAAUAAAAUAAACAAAUAAAAUAAUGAACUGGCAAAAUGCAAGUUCUGAAUUACUGUGCUAUGUAUUUUACUGCACAUAAAUGUAUGCUUGUGAGCUGUUUGAAGGCUUUGUCACACGGUUUAGUUUUAUUAGUUGCAAAAAUGACACAAGUUAUUAUUGAACUUUGAAUGUAUUAUCUGUUUUUUCUGCAAUUAUAUGUAUUUGGUUCCUAUCUCUGUCUUCUUUCCUAUAACAUUUUGUUACCAGUUUCAAAAAAACAAACUUGAAAUUGUUACCAAGAUUUAUUUUAUAUAUACAUGACUGAUUUGAAAUGUUCUAACAAGUGUCUCAGUCCAUUUUAUACUAGUAACUAGCCAUGUGUCUUUGCAGUUGUACAUACUUUUACCCCAUCUAACAUUCAUUUUAAACAUUUUAUCAUUAAUUAAAAAAACAUAUUACACCGGUACACAAUUUGUGCAUUUUUCCUGAUAAAUUUGCAGACUUUGCUGGGAAAAUUAUGACUCCCAAUUACAAUUGUCGCCACACAUCAGUGCAUUUUUAUCAUUGCUUUCCUACUUCAGAUGACUUUUGUCAAGUGUUUUGUUCCCAAUAUGGUAGACUUAAUGAGUAGCUUAGUAUGUAAAACAAAACAAAGAUGUCUACCAAAAGAUUUAUACUGCUGCAUGUUUGGAGAAGCUCUUUUUCAUAAGCAAAUAAAACUUAGUUCUCAUUUAAGGCUAGAGUGUAAUAUUAGCUUCAUGUGAGCCAUGCCUCUUGAAAUUUUAGCCUUUUACAUGUGCACCCUGCUUCCUCAAAGAAAUAACCCUGCUUUUAGUUUUGUUGCCCUCAUUAACUCAGCUGGGUUUAGACCUGUAUUCCAUUUUUUAAAGCUGUUGUAAGCUUUGUUCUUGUCAAAGCAGCUAUGUUUUUUAUUAAAGCCAUUGCACUGAAGUUACAGUUAAGACUAGUGAUGCCAUAAUAAAUCUUUAGGCAGGCACUUGAACCAGAUGAAAAUAUUUUAGUGACAGAAAAGACAUCUGACAAAUCAAAUACAGGUAACCUUGACUGCAGGCUCAAUAGAUUCAUGAGGGAGAAGUCAUGAAUGCAGUCAACAUUCCUCUCGAAUGGUUGCUAAAUUAGCCACUGCGUAGAAAACUUUAGGGUGACAUUUUUUUCAAAAGUAACUUUUAGAAGUAUGUCACAACAUGAAUAAUCAUUGACAGGGAAGCAAUCACCUUAUCCAUUUUGCAUGUCCACCCAAGUUCAUUUCUUUGUCAUAAACAGUCAAGAUUUCUCACACUUGCAAUCCAUUUUCUCCUGACGUUUAGUGGACCUUAAUUUGUUUUUCCUGAAGUGUACCUAUUUACAAUUGUUUUAGCAAGUUAUUCUUCCAGGUGUGGCCAGGAACAAAAUUUGUGUGAAACUGGCAUCACUGACAUUGUUGAAAUAAAAUGUUUAUUUAUCCCA